AUUUUUUAACCCGCACUUUGGAGGACUCAUUUUCCUGGGUUUUGAUGGCACUCAGAGCUCUCCAGAGACAUUUUCGGAUCGGGGCAGGCGUGAGGACUUAUUUACGAGGCCCAAGACAUGCUGUCUGCAGAGUGAGGUUGGAAAGUGUGUGGACAUCCAGCCGGUGUUUGAGUGGCUCCCGCCUGAAGUUGGAUGAUUUCUAUGAGAAUCUUGAGAAGAUCAGGGGAGAUGCAGCUGCAAAUCACAGAAUCGCCAGGACACAGUUCGAGGAGGUCAUCUCACAACUGCCGCAACACCAAACGAGUCAGGACAAUAUUUUAUUCCUGCUGAGAAGUUGUGGAACGUUCUUUCCGGAUCUAACAGUGCAGGAACGCGAUGAGUAUGUCAGUAAGAUCUGGGAGUUUAUCAAGAAGUCCACAGCGCCCACGGCUGAUGACUACAUCACAUUGCUGGAGGUGAGGAGGAAGAAUAGACAGUGCAUUUUGGACUACAAGAGCUUCCUGGAAGAACUGAAUAUUCCCGCGAGUGCGAGAAUCUACGAGGAGCUGCUGUACUUGUCCGCAGAGUGCAAUCUUAUUGAUGAGGUGUACAAGAUACUGGCGGAGAUGAAGGAGAAGCAAUUCCCGGCCACAGAGAAAGUCUUCAAUGCUCUCAUUCUCGCCCAUUCGCGUAACAGAGACUUGAAGAACGUCGAACUCGUCCUAGAGACAAUGGCAGCCGCUAAUGUGGAGCAGAGUCCCGCCACAGCGACUGAACUGAUCAAGGCGUACGUGGAGAAUAAGACGUUGGAUCGUGCCGCAGGAGUUCUGGGCAAGGAAGGCAUUUUUCUGGCCCCUGAGCAAAUUCUCACCAUCGUAAAAGUGGCCGUGAGCAACAAUGUGGAUCAGUUUUUCGUGGCGGCGAUAGUGAAGUACCUGCCCGAGGAGAUCUUCAACAAGAGAACAAUUCACGCACUCCUCCGAAAUCUCCUGACUGAACUUGUCUACGAAGGAAAGUGGAACAAGACUCUGGAAGUUCUGAAUUCUCUCCCGAAGCCCGUUUUCCACUCUAACGAAGAUCUCGAUGGAUAUGCCACGUUUCUCAUCAAUGACAUGAUCAAGAAGGGCUGUUCGGCUGAGGAUGUGAUCGCUCUGUGCGCCAGUUUGGCCAAAUCCGGACGAAAUACGAGAGCUCUUCACGUGGCAAUCGAAAUCUCCCUCAGAAGAUCAUCGCCAAUGUCGCUAGAUUUGCUGCAGGAAUUAUCGCAUAACGAGGAGUUGAAGCCUCACUACUUCUGGCCGCUAAUCAUCAGGAAUUUCACGAUCAUGGGAGAACAGGGAAUCCUAGACGUGAUGACAGAGAUGUCUAAGCUUGGGGUUCCUCCGGAUUCUGAGACAAUCAAUCUUUACGUCCUACCGCGGCUGAGUAUUAUCUUGAAGCAUCCUGUGAGUGCCAUAAAACUCAUGGAAGAUUGCGGCGUGAGGAUGUCCCAGCUGCUCACUCCACUCGCUUCCAACUUGCUGAUGCAGAAAAGGUUCCAAGAGACGUACGAUAUUGUUAGCCUGUACCAGGCAAAGGUCAACUGUGAAGAUCUCGUCUCUUCGCUCAUCACAACUCAUGUUUUCUGCACAAACACUACACUCUUGGGAAAACUGGUGGCUCUCUUCGCCUCCAGAAGUGACGCUCCCUUUGACAUCGGUGGGAAGUUCCUCAUGGAACUGGUCAUAAGUCGCUCUCCUCCGUCGCAUGAUAGUUUGGCACAAAUCAUCAAGGAGUUUUUCCUGUGCGGCGUUAAGAUCUCCCGCAUGGCAGGAGAUACAGUGGAGCAGUUCCUGGAGAAAAGUCUGGACAAGAAAUUAGCGACCACAAUGAAGCACGACCUCGAUCGGAUUGUGGACAAAAUGGUGACUGGCAGUUCUAGGGACAGUGCUGGACAACACAUCGCUCAUCCGCGUGACAUGACGCUGGAGGAACUGGAGUGUCAUCUGGUGGAGUUGGAGGCAAAGAGGCUGAACACGAGAGGCGUUCUGCGACGUCUGCUGCAGCUGAACGUGCAGAAGAACAAGCUGGAUCGCGCUAUUGAGGUGAAGAAGCUGUGCGAUGAGAGACAAGUGGAUCUCAGUCCAGGGAUGCUGGCCAGUAUAUUCGAUCUACACGUGAAGACGAAGAACUUGCUGGAAGCUGAAUGGACAUGGCUUGAGCUGAAGAGAAAAUAUCCUGGAUUCGCUGUGGACGAGCAUAAAGUAAUUAACUUUGCCAGUUUUCUCGUGGAAAAGGGAUUCGUAGAUGAGGCCAAGAAAGUCUUGACAAUGCGAGCGGCUACAAAGAUUCGAGGAGGCAAUAAUAAUCUGAAGAACGUCUGGCAGUUACUCACCAAUGUGGCUCAACACGCGGUGAAGACUGACAAGGCGAGCGGAGAAGUUAAGAACUUCCUGCGCUUCCUCGUAAAUCUGAAUUAUUGUGACUAUCACAACACGGUUCUUGGACCGGUUGUUCGAGAGCACAUCCUGCGCGGUGACCUGCCAAGAGCAGUGGCGGAGUUCAAAGAUAUUGCCAGACGAUUCAAGAAGACACCGCUAAAGUUGGAGCUCAUGACACUAAUCCUGGAAGUCAGCAAUGGAAAGCAUGAUCCGGCGAAGUUCAGAACGGAUAAAGAUGCUCUUCCCAAGAUGAUGGAGGAAAUCAUGGAUGCCGUGGCGAAGAUCUACGGAACGGCAAAUUCGCAGAUGACGCUGAUCUUUGCUCUGGCCGAGGGCGGAACGGAUAAUCAGCUGCGGAAGCUGCUGAUUGACCCUCAGUUCCGCAUCAACCAGGAGUUGUUCCAGAAGCAGUGCGACUACCUUAGCGAUGCCCGGAAAGUGGAGCCUCUGGUGCGCCUGGCGAGAUGCACGAGAGGCUUGGGAUAUCUCAUCAAAGAGCAAGACAUGUACUCCAUGCUGCUCAAGUCCUUCGUGCAGGACAACAAUCACGAAGCGGCUCUGGAGCUCUUCGACAAAAUCUGCGAAGAUGACGAACUGAAGCUCGACCGCAAUUUUGUGCAGACCAUCGUGGAUUUGCUGACCAGGAACAACAUCGAUAUCCCCGCACGAGUGGCAAUUCACUGCAAAGUCCGCAACUAGUCUCUAAACUUAGCACAGAUUCCAAUAUAUAGAGAAUAAAACAAAUUCAAAAGUAA